AUGGCGGCGGGAGCCGAGCGCGGCGCGGCGGUGCCGGCGGAGCCGCCGCCGCUGAGCGCCGAGGAGGUGGCGAGGCGGCUGGCGAGCACCCGCCGCGAGCUGGGCAACCGCCGCAAGAUCCUGCUGCGGAACCUGCCGGCCGAGAGCAGCAGCCAGGAAAUCCACGACUUGUUUAAAGAUUAUGAAAUCAAGUAUUGUUAUGUGGACAGGAAUAAAAGAACAGCAUUUGUCACCCUGUUGAACGGGGAGCAGGCCCAGAGCGCCAUCAGGAAAUUCCACCAGCAUUCCCUGCGUGGCAAGGAGAUCUCCGUGCAGCUCCAGCCGACGGAUGCUCUGCUGUGCAUCACCAACCUGCCCCUUUCCCUCAGGAUAGAGGAGUUUGAGGAGCUGGUGCGUGCCUAUGGCAACGUGGAGAGGUGUUUUCUGGUCUACAGUGAGCUCACCGGCCAUUCCAAGGGCUACGGAUUCGUGGAAUACAUGAAGAAGGACUCUGCUGCCAAGGCCAGGCUGGAACUCCUGGGCAAGCAGCUGGAGGAGAGCACUCUGUUUGCACAGUGGAUGGAUGUGAACCAGCUGACCACAAACCUCAUUCACUCCAAGUGCCUUUGUGUGGAUAAAUUACAAAAAGACUGCGCUGAUUCGAAAGAGCUGAUCCAGGCUUUCUCCCUCAAGUACAAACCUGUGUUCUGCCAGUUUGCCCAGGACGAGGACGGCGGCAGCGGGGACUUUGCCGUGGUGGAGUAUGAGAGCGCGGAGCAAGCGGAGAGCGUGAGAGGGGCCAUGGACGGGAUGACCAUCAACGGCAGGAGGGUCCAGGUGUCCUUCUGUGCCCCUGGAGCACCGGGCAGGAGCACCUUGGCAGCUCUGAUAGCAGCACAGAGGAUGAUGAGGAACAACAGGAAGGGCUUGCUUCCAGAGCCAAAUCCAGUGCAGAUCAUGAAAAGUUUUAACAAUCCAGCAAUGCUGCAGAUGCUGCUGCAGCCCCAGCUGCGUGGCCACGCUGUUAAACCUGUUCUUGGAGCAUCUGCAGGUUUACCUCACCUCAUAAAUUCAGCAGUUGGGCCACCUUUUUUGCAGUUGAAUAAAGUUCAUCAGAGCUCAAUUCUGGGGAACACCUCCAGCCUGCUGCUGCAGAGCCCUGCCCACCUGCCCCUGCCCCAGCAGCAGCUCCUGAAGAUGGAAAACAUGCAGGCAAACAGUAAACCAGGUUUGCUGGGAGAACCUCCAACAAUGCUCCUGCAGACAGUGCUGGGCAUAGGGGUGAUGCCAGCAGUGAACUCAGGCCUGGCAACACGAGGAGAAGCUCUCAAGUCAUCUAACCCCGCUCCCAUUGCAGCAGCGGCAGGGAUGGGCAUGCUGCCAUUCUUCCCAAAUCAGCACAUUGUUGGACAAGCUCUUCCCGGGCCCAACGCCGCUCCAGACAAAGGCGAGGCGGUGCCGGGAGCGCAGCCCUUCCCUCCGGCACUGCCCAGCCUCCCCGCCGGGGCCCUGCGUGCUGCCCCCUCCAAGGCUCCCGGGCAGCUCAAGAACUGCGACUCCAGCCUGGGGACUCCCUUGAAAAAACAGACUUCUCUGCUUGGGGAACCCCCAAAAGAAAUACGACUGAGCACCAACCCCUACUUGAAUUUGGCAAGUGUUUUGCCUGGCAUCUGUCUGCCAGCAAUUGCCAGCAAAGCCUCCAGUCCUCCACAGCAGACCAGCCUUCCAAACAAUGUCAUGGAUGCUGCUGUGUCUCAGGGAACUGCAUCACAACAUGCAAUGGAAAAUUAUUUCAGUUAUUCCCAGCAGCCUGGGGAAUACCCACAGGAGGCUGUCCAGCAGUGGUACCAGCAUUAUGCUCAGGCACAUCACUCUACCCAGGCCAGAGUGGAUGGCUUGGAAAAUGAAGCCUCUGAGGAAUCUACAGGUGGAUCUUUCCCAGACUACAGCACCUGCCUGCAGGUGGUGCCUCCCCUUCUGAGUGGAGCCCAGGGAUCGCAGCAGGGCUUGCAGUCUCCUCCGGCAAAUCCCUUAAAGCAGGUGGCCCCGAAGCGCAGCUCCUCGUACCUCAUGUCCUCCCCCGAGCCCGGCCCCGUGGAAUUCCCGGCUCCCGGCGGAGCCGCGCGCUACUCGGAAUCCUCCCUGAAGAAGAAGCGCGUGUAUUGAUCCAUCAUCCCCACGGCUUGAUCGAUUCCCAGCCCAACCCGGGGUAGGGAAGGCAGGUGGGAAUCCCUCUGUAUUUAUUGCUGCCUUAACUUCAGACAAUGAGUUCUUUCUGUGUGGGGUGAGCGUCCCAAGAGGAGCCAGCUCUGUCCCGGCACAUCCAAGGACGCUGACGGGCGUGGCAGAGGUGGUGGCUGCUUUCACUUGGAGAGGAGGGGACAGUGUUGGCUUUGUCACCUGUGGGCUGAGGGACAACAGCACAGGGACUUGGGGAGCUGGGACAGCUCCAGCUGAAAGCAAUAAAAACUCAGAGGAAAGCAAGCUGAUCCUUUCUCCAGUCCUCAGCCUGAGGAAGUUAAAAGAGGAAGUCUUGAUAGUAAUUAUUUUGUAUUUUUUUAAGUCAGAAUGUGGGGUUGUUUUUUUUUCCUUCCAACUUUCCUUUUUCCAGGAUUAAGAGCUCUGCAUUUACAGCCUUUCAAUUUUUAAUAUUUCUUCUUAAUCCUGGAAUGGAGCGAUACCAAAUGGAUUCCCAGAGCCUCAGUGACGUUCUCAAUAAAUGCCUGUUCAAAGGGAGAUGCUAUCCUGUGCUGCCUUGGAAUGUUCCUUGGGAUUUGGAGAGUUGAUCAUUGGACAGUGGAAUAACUCUGUUUUUAGGCUGAGAAUCCACAGUUUUUCCAUGGAGAAAGUAAUUCCCAGUGUGAGGCAGCAUCCUCCUUCCACAGGUGUGGGACAGCUCUUCCUGGGCCACCCCACAUUUGUUUCCCACUUUUGAGUGUAUUUUCCUUCAUUUUUUUUUAAAGACUUUUUGUAUUUUUAGCUUAUUAUCAGCUUUGGCUCAAGUUGUUCUCUUCUGCCAUCAGCCCUUGGAGCUGGAGAUCAGCAGUCCUUCCUUUUGCCACAGGUAAAUGAGGAGCCAGCCCUCAUUCCAAGGCUUUUUCCCCUUGGAAUCCUGCUGCAAAUCCAUUUGGAUUGAGUUCACCAAGGCCAGGAGCCACCUCCUUCUCCCUUUUCUUUGCUAGAGAACACUGAAGCCAUUUUUCAAUACUGAUUGUUUUUUUUUUAAAUUAAAAGUCUUAAACUUUGCCUUUCAAGCUUUGGGAUGUGACCAGGAUCCACAUUUUCAAAGCUUAAAAAAAUCCCAAUCAAAAUCCCUCUUCCCUCAGCUGCUGGAACUGCUCCACAAACAGGAGCCAGGAGCUUUUCUGGGAUUCUGCCUGUAUGUAUUGUUAAAUUCACUUGUAAUAUUUUGUUUCGGCUGUUUGUAUAUGCAACUUUCUCAACUUGUUACACUUUUCAAUGAAAAUAAAUUGUUGGUACUUAUUUCAAGUGGAUUUUUGUGGGAGGAAAACAGCCCAGGACUCCUUUAAUCAGGUAAGGUAGGAAAAUGUUUUGGAGGAAGAUCAUUCCUAUGGAAAUUCAAUUUUAAAAACUGUUUAUGAUUAAACAGGGAGGCACAUGGAGAAAAAAAAAAUCUUUAUUAGACUUGUUUGUAUAAAGAGUAACAAAGUGCUUACAGAUUAAAUUCAGCUUCCUAAGUGACAUACAGAAACAAUAACACUGUAAAAAUAAAUCUGACUUCCUUGGAGCUCAUAAUUACAAUUCUUUAUAUAUAUUUAUAUAUAUAUAUAUAGACCUCUUUCUAUUAUUGCCAAAACUUGAGGAUCUCUUCAGAGCAUUUUCCAACUCCAGAUGUGGUAGGAAAAACGAUGGCAGCAGAAGGUUCCAGUUUAAACCAUUCAAGGGCUGAGUGAAAAUGUUCUUUAAAAAAUUAGUUGGAGGGGUUCCCCUUGCCCAGGACACCCCUGGGUGCUCAGGCCUUUUUUUUCCUUUUGGAUAAUUCCCUCCAGAUUCUGGGCAUGGAGUGGGUUCUUCCCCAUCUCCAUCAAUUCCUUCCCUGCACAUCCCUCAGCACCAGGGAUGCACAUUCACCCCUUCCAGGGCUGCACCCAGUCUGGGAGCUCCAGGGGGAACAAAAUGGGGCUGGAGUUAGGAAAAGCCAAUUAUUUACCCCAAAAUUUGGGUUCUCACUGAAAUGCACAACUGUGCCCACCCCUCCUUGCUUCUGGGGGUGGUGUUUUCAAACAUUUGUUUUUAAAUACCUGUAAGAGCUCAAGACUAGGGCCUGGUGGGUUAAAAAGAGCUGAAAAUUUUUGUCUCCCCUAUAUUUUUAUGCCAGAGUUGUUUUGUUUGGUACUAGGAUUUAAGUGCAUGUGAAGGAUAUUUUGUCAGCUGACUUUAGAAUUAUUAAUUGAGCCCUGUUACAUCCACUGGCUGAGGUCAGAGCUGAGAAACGCUCACAUUUCCCAGCUCACAUCAUCCAUCAUGGCAAUUCCAAUUGUGGCACAGCCA